AUGUCGCGUAUUGCCCCAACCGAGACAUCUACCCGCCGUUACUGUGUUGACACGGCCCAUCUAAGCGCCAAGACGGCCUCCACCGACUGGUCUUCACAGCCACCGGACUUUGGCACAGACACGCCUCCUUCACAUCUCCAUUACCUACUCAAACUCAGCACCUUCACUUCGAUGAUCACCAGACCGGACUUCUCUUCAACAUUAGAGGAGCUCGACUUUCCGACACAAUCAUUUUUCCGACGCCAUCGGUUUUCCGACAGGACCGACAGGACCGACAGGACCGACAACAUCCGGUCCGCCACAGGAAAGGAGAAGGAACAACAAGCUGAAGACAACCGUCAUCUUUCUCCCUUCCUCCCCCCCUUCACCGACGAUGAACUGAACUGCCUUGCGGCAGCUUCUGGCUCACGGCGGUCAGAGGUCUCCUCCACCUCUGCAUGUCGUGGAGCCCUUGCUGGCUCUACGCGAAGCGGCCCUACAAUCGUCACCAAUUCCACUCUGGCUUUGGGUCACGUACCCAGCCGGAGUGGGGGCCAGACGGUCAUCUCAGAUGGCGACCCCCUGCCUUUCCUCUAUCUUGUCUAG